CUCGGGCCUUUUUCAACAUGGCUGCUGUUCGUUUAUAUUUCAUAGCGCUUUUCGGCAUUACUCUUCGGAUAGCCUUAAUGCAAACUGGGUUAUCUGAAUGGUUAAAGACCAGAAAUGAAAUCUCAACACCCGUUAAUUCAUGGGAAAGAGUUGAAGAGGGAUUUGCUUUGCAAAGUCAGUUUAUUUCUCCAUAUUCUGGAGAUGUGUUUCAUGAGACACCAUUAGCCCUGCGUGGUUUCAAACUUGCUCAGCACUUUCCAUUUGGCGUCAAAGGAUUUUUCAUGAUUAUUGAUAUACUGACUAUGGUUAUUCUUUACAAGAUAUCAUCUGUGUUUGGUCAAUACUUGCUUUCAGAACAAGAUAAAGAAAAAAAAUCUUAUUCACCCAAAUCAAAAACUAUUCAGCUAACACAAGAAGAUGUGAACAUGUUACCUACAAUUGUUUUAGCUGUAUACGUUUUGAACCCAUUUAGCAUCAUGACCACUUUAGCUUUGUCUACCACUGCCAUCUCUAAUCUGAUGGUUCUGCUGGCAUUUUAUUAUCUAAUUCAAGGAGAAAAGCUUCAGUGUCUAUUCUUCCUAGCUUUUUCAACCUACCAGUCACUCUACCCUCUAGUUUUCAUUGUACCAGCAUCCCUUCACUUUUACACGCUUUCACAGCCCAAAUUCUCUGAUUACACUGGUAAGGCGGCAGUUGUAAGUUACUUCAAGACCAGCGGUGUGUUUUCUGUGUUCUUUGCUCUACUGAUAGCAAUCUCUUAUCUCUUGGAAGGAUCAUGGCAGUUUUUAUUGUCUACUUAUGGUUUUAUCCUAACAGUUCCUGAUUUAACACCCAAUAGUGGUGUGUUCUGGUAUUUUUUCACUGAAAUGUUUGAACACUUUCGAACAUUUUUUGUAUGUGUAUUCCAACUCAACGCCUUUGUCUAUACUGUUCCGCUUGCUGUUCGAUUUCCACACAAACCAUAUUUCCUCAUGUAUAUUCUGUUGUUCUUGACCUCAAUUUUCAAGUCCUACCCAAGCUAUGCUGAUGCUGCUUUGUACUUUAGCUUGCUUCCUCUGUGGAGACAUGUCUUUUCAUAUUUGAGGAACUCACUUGUUGUUGGGGGCAUGUACAUCUGCUGUAUUGUUCUAUCUCCAAUUCUGUACCAUCUGUGGAUUUUUGCUGGUAGCGCUAAUGCUAAUUUCUACUUUGCCAUCACCCUUACCUACUCUACAGCUCAGAUAUUUUUAGUCUCAGACCUGUUGUAUGCUUACUUAAGAAGAGAAUACGAUCUAUACCAUGGAACAGAACACAAAAACGCUGAUGGAACAAAAGCUGUUAUUAUUUUAGAAUAAUUUCAUUGGUAAUUUAUUUUGUACAAUGCAUUAUUUCAAUUGUUCAUUAAAAUAAAUUUGAUAUUUUUACUUACAUAAA